GAGUAAAACUCUCUUUUGUUGCAGGGCUCUCUGGUAAAUACUUUGAAGGAAGUGCGCCCCACGGCCUUCAUGGGGGUUCCACGUGUCUGGGAGAAGAUGCAGGAGAAGAUGAAGUCUGUGGGAGCCAAGUCCUCCACUGUGAGGAGGAAAAUUGCUGUCUGGGCAAAAGAUGUCGGCCUGCAGACUAAUCUGACCAAGAUGAAUCAUAGCGGAGCAGCUGGCCGCACACCGCUCAGCUAUAAAUUAGCCAAAAAGAUAGUGUUCAAAAAGGUGCGUAAGGCUCUGGGCCUGGACCGCUGCACCAAGUGCUACACGGGGGCUGCUCCCAUCACCAAAGACACCCUGGAGUUCUUCCUCAGCCUGGACAUCCCUCUGUUCGAGCUGUACGGCAUGAGUGAGAGCACCGGGCCCCACACCAUCUCCAUCCCGGAGGCCUUCAAGAUCACCAGCUGUGGUAAAGAGAUCCCGGGGUGCAAGACGAAGCUGCACAACCCAGACGAGGAGGGGAACGGAGAGAUCUGCUUCUGGGGCCGUCACGUCUUCAUGGGAUACCUCAACAUGGCCGAGAAGACGGAGGAGGCUCUGGAUGCAGAGGGCUGGCUGCACUCCGGUGACCUGGGCAAGCACGACGAGAACGGGUUCCUCUUCAUCACUGGAAGAAUCAAAG